AUGAUUGAUGACGAGGAAUUAAAGAAGAUCCGCUUUACGUUAAGCAAAAAAUGGGGAAGAAUAAAAUAUUUUUUUUCAUGCUUGAUAUACAAAUUAUUUAGCAAUUUUUAUAACAAGAAGAAUAAGAAGAAAGAUAGAUACAUAAAUAUCCAUGGCAGAACAUAUCCAAAUUUCUUUUGUGAUAAUAAAUUAAGAAGCACAAAAUAUAGCAUAUUAACAUUUAUCCCCUUGUUUUUAUUUUAUCAAUUUGCUGAUUUUUUAAACUUAUUUUAUUUAUGUGUAUCUUUGUUACAAAUUAUUCCAAUAUUUAACACAGGAUAUGUUUUUACAUUUGUUGCCCCAUUAAUUUUUAUUAUAUUUAUUAGUUUAAUAAAUGAAGUAGUAGAUGAUUUAAAAAGAUUUGUAAAGGACUUGGAUGUAAAUAAUGAAAUAUAUCAUACUUUAUUACAAAAUGGAAACUUUAAAAAAACAUAUUCUAAAGAUAUUAAAGUCGGAGACAUUAUAUUAAUUAAAUCAAAACAAAGAGUACCAGCUGAUUGCAUAUUAUUACGUAAUUUAAGUAAGGACGAAGAAAAUGCAAUUAAAAUUGAAGAAAAGAAAUCUUUUAUAUCUUUUCGAUCAAAUAAAAAUAAUAAUGUAUAUAAUAAAAAAAAGAAAAAGAACUAUUAUCAUUUUAAUCAAAAAUUUGAUAAUGCUUUGAUUGAUGAUAAGUAUAAUGAAUCAAACAAUAAUUAUAGUGAAGCUAGCAAUCAUUUACUAUUUAGUGAAAAUGAAAAAUCACCAAAUGGAAUGAAAGAAGGUAACAACUAUUUAUUAAAGGAUAGCACUGAAGGCAGUAACAAAGUUGGCAACGCAAAUGAUGAUAAUGAAAAGAAAAAAUUAAAAAAAAAGAAAAAAAAGAAAUUAAGAAAAAAUGGUAUUAAAAAAAAGAAAAAUGAUAGUAAACUUUUAUUUAAUAAUAAUGCUUCUAAUGAAACCGAAAAUUAUACUUAUGUUAAAACAGACAAAAUUGAUGGAGAAACAGAUUGGAAAAUUAAAUAUCCUAUAAGUGUAUUUCAAAAUUUAAAGAGAUUAAAAGAUUUCUUUUCAAUAGAUAUUUUAUUUAUAUUAGAACAUCCAAAAAAUGAUAUAUAUAAAAUUGAAGCUUCAUUUGUUAUGUUUAAAUAUAAUCAAUAUGGUGAGUUUAAAACUGUUGAAAAUAAUAAUAUGGGAAAUAAUAUAAAUGAGCUAAGUAUGUCUAAAUUAAAUGAUAUGACUAACAUUCCCAACAUGCUAAAUAAUAAUAAUCAAUAUGGAUCUAACUCAUUUUAUGCAUUAAAAGAUAAUGAAAUGCAUACAAAUAAUCUAAAUAGACAAGCUGACGAAUAUGAAGAAGACGAUGAAGAAGAUGAUGACGAUGAUGAGGAAUAUGAGGAGGAUGAUGAAGAAGACGAAGAUGAGGAAGAAGAGAUUGAGAAUGAAGAAAGUGAAAAAAAUAAUUUAUUAAAGAAAAAAGAUGGUAAAGGAAACAAUUUUAAUAAUCGUGGUAUGAUGAAUUUUGUUGAUAGUGAAAAAUAUGAAGGAAAUAAUAUUGAAGCUGGAGAAAAUCAAUUAAUGUUGUCAGGAAAUUAUGGAAAUGAUGAACCAGUUUGUAAUGUAUUUCCAAAUGAAGAUAAUUAUAAUUAUUAUAACAUAAGUUAUAGAAAGAAAUUAAAUUAUGAUAAUUUUAUUUUAUCGAAUUCUGUUAUUACUAGUUCAGAUGUUAUAUGUAUGGUUAUUUAUACAGGUCGUGAUACAAGAGUAAAUAUGAGUACACAAAUAAGUAAAGUAAAAAGAGGAAUGAUUGAUAAAAAGUUGAAUUUAAUAACAGUCUUUUUAUUUAUUAUAUUAGCAUUAUUCUCUAUGUAUAUGUGUUCUACAAAAUUAAACAAUUUAUGGUAUUUAAAUUUUGUUCGUUUUAUAUUAUUAUUUUCAUCUGUUAUACCAAUAUCAUUAAGUGUCAAUUUAAAUAUCGCCAAAAUAUAUUACACUUUGGUCAUACAAAAAGAUAAAGAAAUUCAAACAACAAUUAUAAAAAAUAGUGCUAUUAUCGAAAACUUUGGAAAUGUUGAUUAUAUUUUUACUGACAAAACAGGAACAUUAACUGAAAACGUUAUGGUGUUGAAAGUUAUUCAUAUUGGCUUAGAUGUUAUACAUACAGAAACUGAAAAAACUGGAUUACAAAAUAAUAUGAGAAAUAAAGUAAAAAGAAAAUUUAAUAAAAAUAUUUUACCAUAUAAUAUUGAAGAUAUGAAUGACGAUGAUGUAGAUACAUAUUCAAUAAAUGAUCGAAAAGGAAAAGGACAAAAUAAUAUGAUGAGAGGAGACAAAUUAUCUGCAUAUAAUUAUGAUAUAGAGAACAAUCGAAUGAAUAAAAAUUAUAUGCAAUCAUUAAGACAAAUAAAUAAAGCAAAUGCGAUGGAUCAAAUUAAUAUGAAUGAUAAUGAAUAUCUUGAUUUUGAUAGUUAUAAUGAAACAAUGGGUUCUUCACAUAUGAGAAGGGAAGAUGGAAUUGAAAGAAAUUAUGGUGAAGAAGAUGAUAAUAUGCUUUUUGGACAAUCAAACUUAGGAUUAAAUAAUAAUAAUAUGAUGGCAUCUCAUAAAAGAAAUGAUAAUAAUAAUAAUGACUCUGGUAAUCAUAAUAUGAAUGGUGAUAAUUCUGAACAAAGAAAAAAAAAAGUUGAACAAAUGGUUGAUGAUUAUUUAAUGAAUAAAACAGAUCUUUUAGAUUAUUAUAAUGAUAAUAUUGAUGAUGUUGAAUUUUUAAAAAAACAUAAAGUUUUUCAAACUUUUUUAUCAUUUCUUAUUUGCAAUAAUAUUAGAACAUUGACUAAAGAAAGUAAUAAUAAUAAUAAAGAAAAAGGAAAGAAAAAAAAAGAGCAUAAAGAUAAAGAUUUCCAAAAAAAAUUUUAUUACAUAUUAAAUGUUAAUAGAAAAAAGAAAAAAAAUAAUAAAUUAAAUGAAAAUGAUCAAAUGAUUGAAUCAAAUACUAAUGAUGAUUAUAUAUAUGAUAGUGAUAAUGUUGAAACAAACAGUUCAGAAGAUACAGAAACCUUUUCAUAUUCAGGUAUUAGCUAUCAAUGUUCAUCUCCUGAUGAAUUAGCCUUUUUAAAAUAUGCAACAAAUUGUGGAUUUAUUUUAAAGAAAAAAACGGCUAGUAAAAUUGAAAUUAAAUAUAAAAAUAUCGCAUUGGAGUAUGACAUAUUAUUACAUAUACCUUUUUCAUCGGAAACAAAAAGAAUGAGUGUUUUUGUUAGAAAUGUCAAAAAUAAAAACAUUUAUUUUUUUAUUAAGGGUGCUGAUAAUAUAUUAAUUAAAAAAUGCCAUGAAAAAUAUAAAACUUUUAUUUUCGAAGAAAGUGAUCAUUUAUCUAGUGUUGGUUUAAGAGUCUUGGUUCAUGGAUUUUUAAACAUUGAAGAACAAUUUUUUCACAACUUUUCUGCAUUAUACAAUAAAAAUAAGGAUGUAAAGGGACAGAUGGAAAAAAUUUUAGACAUGGUUGAGAAGAAUAUCAAAGUUUUAGCUAUUACUGGUGUUGAGGACAAACUUCAGGAGGGAGUUGAAAAAACAAUUGAAAUGCUAUAUAACAGUGGAAUUAAAGUGUGGGUACUUACUGGAGAUAAAAUAGAAACUGCAAUUUGUAUUUGCAAAAAUGCUAAUAUAAAAAAGAAGAAACAUAAUAUUUAUAUUUUCCGCCAUGAAAAUAUCAAAAGCACAUCUCAAUUAAUACGAGAAUUCAAUUCAAUUUUAAGUACCAUAGAUUCUUAUGUUUUAUUUUUCGACAAUAUUAUUAUACAAAACUGUAUUAAAUAUAUUCCGAAUGCCUUUGUUGACUUUGUUGCUAAUGCAAGAGCAGUGGUUUGCUGUCGAUGUAGUCCUAUAGAAAAGAAAGAAAUUGCUUUGAUGAUUAAAACAAUUAAAAAAAAGAAAAUAUUAUGCAUAGGAGAUGGAGGAAAUGAUGUUGCUAUGAUUCAAUCAGCAGAUAUUGGUAUUGGUGUUUUAGGAAAGGAAGGAAAACAAGUUGUUCAUGAUAGUGAUAUUAUUGUUUCAAAAUUUAAAAAUAUUAAAAAAUUAAUUCUUUACUAUGGAAAUAAUACCUUUUUACAAACAUCCUCCUUAUGCUCCUUUUUAAUCCAUAGAGGAUUUAUAUUAACGUAUCUACAGUUUAUUUACAGUUAUAUAUUUUUCAGUAUCCCUGUUGCUAUUUUUCAAGGAUGGUUACAAAUCGGUUAUACAACGUAUUACACAACAACACCAUUUUUGUCAUUGCUGUUGGAUGUUAAGAUAAAGAAAAAUUUAAUAUACUUAUAUCCAGAGAUAUACAAAAAUAAGAAACACAAGAGAAAGGUACUGUUGUUAUGUUAG